GAUCCGACUGCAAAUCCGACGGUCAAGAGAAUAGCGUCAGUUCAAAGCCAGUAGUCGCUUACCCUAUAAACCCUCCUUCUCCACCACUCACAAUUAUUUUAAACCUAAAUCGCCAAAUUCCAAUGGCUUUGCCGAACCAGCAGACUGUUGAUUAUCCGAGUUUCAAGCUUGUCAUUGUUGGUGAUGGUGGCACGGGAAAAACAACAUUUGUGAAAAGACAUGUCACAGGAGAGUUUGAAAAGAAAUACGAACCAACCAUUGGCGUGGAGGUGCACCCAUUGGACUUCUUCACAAACUGUGGAAAAAUUAGAUUUUACUGCUGGGACACUGCUGGGCAGGAGAAGUUUGGUGGUUUACGGGAUGGCUACUACAUCCACGGGCAAUGUGCAAUAAUCAUGUUCGAUGUUACUGCCAGAUUGACAUACAAAAAUGUUCCUACAUGGCACCGUGAUCUAUGCAGGGUAUGUGAGAACAUUCCCAUUGUUCUUUGUGGAAACAAGGUCGAUGUGAAGAAUAGGCAGGUGAAGGCGAAGCAAGUCACGUUCCACAGGAAGAAAAACCUACAGUACUAUGAAAUUUCUGCAAAGAGUAACUACAACUUUGAAAAACCAUUCCUGUACUUGGCCAGGAAGUUGGCUGGGGAUGCGAACAUUCAUUUCGUGGAGUCUCCAGCUCUUGCUCCUCCGGAAGUACAAAUUGACUUGGCUAUUCAGCAACAGCAUGAAGCUGAGUUGGCAGCUGCUGCCAGUCAACCUCUCCCGGAUGACGACGACGACGCUUUCGAGUAAAAGUGGUGAAUCAUCUGGUGAUGAUGCUCUUUGCAAAUCUAUUUUCCCCGGGGAUUAUGAAAACAGAAGUUGUGGUGUUGGGGUUGGGGUUGGGGUUGGUUCCUGUUGGUGAGUUUUUGUCUACAGAAAGCCAUAUGGCCUCCGGUGAAAGCUGCUGAUUAUGCAGAAUUUUUCUUUAUCGAGUGUUGGUUCCACUAUUUGAUUUGUGUUAAUUGUUUCCUUUCUUCGUUUCUCCAUCGAACAACCUCCAUCGGACUUACUUGGACAUGGGCUAGAUUUCAUCACAGAAAUUGUUAUGUUUGUGCACACUA